GUCGCUGGGCGGGGCCGCAGCUUGCGGCGCAGGCCGUGAGAAUUCUUCCUUCAACCAUGGGUGAAAAACUUUCACAGUUCUGGAAAGCACCUGACCAAAAGGAGAGUGAGGGCAAAGUGAUCUUACCCAGGCAGAAGGAUGCAGAAGAUGAAAUCGCCAGUUAUGCUAGUAUCAAUGGAGGAGACCCCGCUAUGUCCUAUGUGCCCUGUGUGGGCAUUGCAAGUCGAAGCUGUGUCAGCUGCCCAACAUGUCAGGGAACAGGAAGGAUCCCCAGGGAGCAAGAAAAGCAGCUGGUGGCUCUGAUUCCAUAUGGUGACCAGAGGCUAAAGCCUAGACGAACGAAACUAUAUGUAUGUCUUGCUGUGACGAUCUGCCUGCUGACGACGUCUCUCACUAUCUUCUUCCUGUUUCCUCGCUCCAUUACUGUGCGGCCUGCAGGGCUGAAUGCCUCCUCCAUUGGCUUUAAUGCCACCACCACCAGUAUAUACCUCAACAUGACAAAUAUCCUGAACAUAACUAAUAACAACUUCUACCCAGUCACUGUUGUGCAGCUGGACAUAGAAGUCUUACACCAGUCCCUGGUAAUAGGGAAGACCACCAUGAAAACCUUUCUGAAUAUCAGCCCUUUACAGAGUGGCCAGAUCUAUUAUAUGGUGGCCAAUAGGAUAUUGGACAACAAUACCUAUAAGAUCUGCACCUGGACAAAAAUCAAAGUCCACAAUGUUCUGCUGCAUAUACAGGGCACCCUGACCUGCAUGUACUUGUGCCACUUGGAGCAGCUGGCUUUUGAGAACUACCAGUACGUGGACUGCCGUGGGAAUGCCUCGCUACCUCAGCCAUUGCACCACACUCUACCGUGAGAGGGCCAGGCUGCCAGAGCUUUUGGAUGCUGCAUGCUCCAUCACAAAGGAUCCCUUUCAGCCAGGAGAAAAUGCAUUUUGUAGCAUGGCACAGAAAGAUUGCUGCUUUCCAGCUGGUCAUGAGAGGAAGGCUGUUGGUGUUGGCCACCACAUGCUGUUUGCUGUGCUACUUCCUUGCAUGCUCUGGCAUUUAAUGCUUUCAACUUGAACAAGCAUGAGAGAGUUGAUCUCUGUCAAUAAAAGCUCAGUCUGCACAA